AUGACGUUUACGCAGUAUCACUCACCCUCCAAGGUGUUGAAGUUGGAGGACGACCCUUGGGGGUCAUGUGCCAUGUACUCGCCGGACAAGAUGAAGUCUGGCGGGGCACUCAUGGCACCCCCGGGCUGUUUCCCGGGUCGGUACAGCCCCACGUACCGCAGUUCAGACCCUCGGCGCUGCGUGCCGAAUCCUUCCGGUGACAUAUUCAGCGGUCUGAACGACGGGUUGCUGAGCAGGGCGGAGGCGUUGGCUGCGGUAGACAUCGGCAAGCAUCAGUCGGGACCUCAACCGGGCCCUCCGCUACCACAGCUGAAGCAUGAUAUGGUGUAUCACCACGGAGUGGGAGGUCCACCACCCCAUAAUGCAAGACCACAUCAGCCAUUCUUUCCACAGAUGGGCCACCAUGGCAUGGAAGGGCUAGACAUGCUUGAUCCGCUCACAUCCUCGUCAAUGACUACCUUAGCACCUAUGGGUGAAGCCGCACCACCGCAUCAUCAAUUGCAUGGCUAUGGCGCUAUGAACCAUGUUAUGAAUCACCACCACCACACAGGAGGCCUUGGACAUGCCCCACCAGCACACCUUGGACAUCCGGCUGCGGCUUUACACCCAGAUACAGAUACAGAUCCUCGUGAACUCGAGGCAUUUGCCGAAAGGUUCAAACAAAGAAGAAUAAAACUGGGAGUAACUCAAGCUGAUGUUGGUAAGGCACUAGCUAAUCUUAAGCUGCCAGGUGUUGGAGCGUUAUCCCAAAGUACAAUUUGUAGAUUCGAAAGUUUGACUCUAAGUCAUAACAACAUGAUAGCAUUAAAACCUAUUUUACAAGCCUGGUUAGAAGAAGCAGAAGCGCAGGCAAAAAAUAAAAGAAGGGACCCAGAUGCACCCAGCGUUUUGCCAGCCGGAGAAAAAAAAAGAAAGAGAACAUCCAUAGCGGCACCAGAAAAGAGAAGUCUUGAAGCUUAUUUUGCUGUUCAGCCGCGUCCAUCGGGUGAAAAAAUUGCAGCGAUUGCAGAAAAGUUAGAUCUCAAGAAAAACGUAGUUCGGGUAUGGUUCUGCAACCAGAGGCAAAAACAGAAACGUAUGAAAUUCGCUGCACAACACUGACCGACGGGUGGCGGCGCGGCCUUGUUGUAUCCAGGUACUGGGUAUGGGUACUGAGUGGGAAGCCGCGCCACCUCGGCCACGACCGUGGCCAACACAACCACAUAAGUAACAUCGGCGGCCCACCGCCACAUUUGACUUUUAUGUGAGCAAUCAUAUGAUCUCAUUUUUAUAGCAUCUGAAUAUUUAUUUUGAUACUUUUUAAAACAAGCGCAAUGUAGUCACUAGUGUAGAUAUAUUUAUACUUUACCGUUAUUUAAUUUCGAUUACAUGAAAAAAAUUGACAUAUAAUUAUAUUUUUCGUGACACAGGGUAUAUAAUUGAUUAUAUACAUAUCAUUACGAUAUAGGUACAAAUCGUACUUAUCAUAUUAUGUACUUAGUUUACCUUUAACGCGCCGAGUUUUGAUGUUUCCCGAAUAUCGAUAUACAUGAAAUUUAAUACCAGGAUUUUUAAGAAAAUGUGCCUUGCAAAUAAUCAUAUUCUGUGUUUAAUAUUAGUAACUGUAUUUGGAGAUACGAUAUGGAUAUAAUAAAAUGUCCCUUCGGAAGAUUAUGGAAAGAUCUUGAUAUCAACUUUUCAAUAUUAUUAGUUAUGACUGCUACUAGAUUAGGUGAAAAUAAAUAAAUGAGAAAUAAUGAAUAUUAAAGUUUUCAAAAUUACUUAGGUAUUUAUAAAAUUGCUAUCAAAUAAAAUUAUUGUAUCAUAAUCCGAUCUAGGAGCAGUCAAUGGGUACUUAGUUUUUGUUAUUGUUAUGUUGAUCCUGUAUGAAUAAAACUUGUACAAAGUAUCUUUAAGUGCCCCGUAAUGGAUAAAUUGUAGAUAGUACAUAUUCUUUAUUAUUAAUUUAAAUAUACGAUGAGUACAUAAGUUUAACUAUUUUAUUUGGGCUUCAUAACAGAUUAAUCAAUACUUACCUACUUUAAUCUCUAAACAAAACGGCACAAUUUAUAGUUAAGGUUGUUAGUGACAUUUAGCCAAAAUAGUAUUUAAAGCCAUUUGUAAAUACAUCACUUUUUAAAUAAUAUUUAGACAUUAGUGACACAUAGUUACUAAAUUGAAAUUAGAACAUCGCGGGUGAAUUUGAAUUUUAUUUAGUAGUGUUUUAAAAGGUUUUGUAGGUACAAUUCUAUAUAAAAGUAUUAUUUAUUUAUACCUUGAGAGCUUGCCUACAAUUUUUUCUACCGCUCCUUUUACCUAGUAAGCGUAGCGAUCAUUUUAAAUUUUCAAGCAUCAAAGCUUAACAAUAAAAAAAGCAAAAUAAUAUAUAAAUAAUAUUUUUAAAUGAAACUUUGUAAAUAUAGAAUUAAGAAGAAACGUGCAAUCUAGAACUUGGUAAUUAUUAUUAAUUAAAUAUGUCUUAAAAUUAAUAUAUAGGAUCUUAUUUAUGUUUUACACUUAUAAUGCAUAGGUUUUUAACGCUUGAUCUUACAGAAUCUAGUCAUACAUUUAUUUUAUGUCAUCCUAACAAUAUUUACAUUUAAUUAAAAAUAAUAAUUUAUAUGCUUUUCAAUUCUUCAUAAAUCACAAAGUAAAAGUAUAAAUAUUUUGUAUAAUUUAUUGAAAUGCACGGUCCUGUGAAUACUGUAACUUGGAGGAAAAUGUAAACACUAAACAACAAUUUAUAAUACAAAAUUGUAAUAUGAUUUAACUGCUUACGUUAAAUUUCAAAUUAUAACAUAGAUAUUAUUUUGAUGUCUUGGAGCAAUCUGAAAUCCAUAAUUAAAUGUAAUAAAUGAGUAUAUGUUUUAAAUGCACAAACUUCGGGAAAUUUAUUGUUGUAUCAAUAAGUCUAAGUGGAAUCAAUAAGGCUAAAUCUAUAUGGAAUCGGUAAAACCAUGCUAAAAGUAGUUUAAUACUUACCAAGUGUUCAUAAUUAUUAUUUUUUAUUUAUGAUGUGGCUUCAAUCUCACUGGAGUAAUAAAUGGCGUCCCUUUCUACUUUUAUAUUAAAUCUGCGUUAUGUAAUUGACCAACAACUACGUGUUUUAAAUUAAAAUUUACAAAAAGAUAAUUAAUUAAUGUAUUUUUAUAUCCAAGUAGAAUAAUUACAAAUUUAACGUAAGCAGCACUUUCAACAUACUAGUCUUACGCAUUUUUCUUUCAAUAAAAUAAUAAAUUUAAAUUAAUAUAAUAAGUUGUAUCUUUGUCAUAUAAUGCAGUAACAUCGAUGUUAUGGGGGCCAAUGAAUUAUCAAAUAAUAUAGAGACCACUAAUGAGCAAUAUGUGGCUAGCCUUGCAACGAUGAUAGUUUACAAAGUAUUCAAUAAACUGUUAUUAUAAUAUUCAGUUUAAUACAAAAUGUAACAUGGUUUCCUUUGUGCAAAUUAAAUGGGCUGUUCGUAAAUUUAUGUUUUACAAUAAAAUUAUAAAAUGUGACUUAAAAGCUGUUACAAUUUUUUUAAUCAGCGCUAAGUUUAAGUAGACAUUAGUAGAUUCUCUUGCAAUUUAUUAAUUCUUAAUUACAUUAUUAAUAUAUAAUAAAAGGACAAAAAAUUACUUGGAACGAAUAAACAAUAAAAUAAAUAUAGAAAUAUUAGUAAAA